CAAAAUAUUACAUCUGACCAAAUGCAAAAUAAAGCGAUAUUACUUAUAAUAAAGUAUUAUUAUUUCCUUGCUUGUGUUGAGAAACUCUAUAGUUAUGUAUGACGAACAUUUGAAAGAGAUCAUUCACUUUACCAACACUUACAGCGAUUUAAUAAAUUGCCAUAUCGUUGAUUUUAUUACCAAUAAUUUAUGGGCAACGUGUAUACCGGAAUCCCUAAGAUCAGAGCUUGAGAGAACCGAGUUCAAUUGGAUUAAUUCAAUGGGCAACGAUGAUUAUCCUGUAUUAAACAAUUUCAUAAACAAGGCAAAGUCGUUGUCUUUACAAUCAUGUUCUGUCGAAAUAAAUUCUAAAGAGUUCGCGAACGUAUUACCAGGCAUUAAUAAUUGCAAUAAACCCGUUCGUAAAAUGGAAUUUAUAAAUGCAAAGAAAUCGCACGAAGUAGAAUGCCUCGGGGACAUCAUUGGGACAGUUGCGAAAAAAAUGAAUAAUUUGGUAAUAGAUGCAGGUGCUGGUAAAGCGUAUCUGUCGACGUUCUUAGCAGAGAAUCACAACGUUCCUGUUCUUGCCAUAGACUCUUCGCAAUCUUGUAGCAACGGAGCGAUCUGUAGACAGAAGAAGUUAGGAAGGAAACUCGCGUUCUCCCCAAACCUGGUACGAUACGUGGUCGAAGAGAUAAAUAGUGGAACCGAUUACGAAAAAAUGGUGAAUCAAAAUUUUCCUGAGUGGGACAUCGAUCGAAAUCUUCUACUGACUGGUUUACACACAUGCGGUUCUCUUACUGAUUCGAGUAUCAAAACGUUCUUAAGUACAAAGGAUAUUAGAAGCUUAUGUAUAGUGCCUUGUUGUUACCAUUUGACGAACGAAACGUUUGAUCAAAGAAUAAGUUUUUCGAAGAAUGCUAGAAUGCUGGCCCAACAGUCUGUCGAAAGGAGCACAAGAAAUACAUUUGUACCUUCAUCGUUAUUUUAUAGAGCAAUUUUGCAAGUGGUUUUCCAUUCCUUAGGUAUUUAUAAUGCGAGAGUAGGUCGUGGUGGACCUCUUCACGAUUUUGCAAGUUAUGCACAAUGGGCGUUCUCGAGAAUCGGGAUGGAGAUCGAGAAGAUACCAUCACGGGAGAAUUUGACCAACACGUUCGAAUUCUAUGCACAUUUAAUGAAGAACUUUCAUAUAUUUCAAAUGCUGAGAGUGUACUUGGGUAUCGCGUUGGAAGCAGCUAUUAUGUUAGACAGAAUUAUAUUUUUGCAGAACAGUAAUCAAUGUUCCAAAGUCGCGAUAUUACGCUUAUUCGAUCCUAUGCUGUCUCCGAGACGAUACGCUGUCGUCGCGGUGAAAUAACAGUUCGAAGAAGCAGCUAACUGCGAACAAAAAUAAUUCUUGAAUCUAAGUAGAUUUAUUGUGUUCAUGACUGAUGUAAUUUGUAAAUAUAUAAACAUAAAUACU